ACUGUCGAGGGCCUUUAGCUCUCUAUCAUGUCAUGUCGUUAUAGUUUUGCGGUGAUCAGUUUCGUAUUCAAACUCUUGAAGGAUACCGACACGUUAUCCUAAAGUGACUGAAGUUUCCAAAUUAGUUGUUGGAUUAACUGAUUAACUAGGACACGCAACGUAUUCUUUUGAUUAGUUGUACUUAUUUUGAUCUGCGGACAAUUUGAGCAGCCGUGAUGGAGAAGGGGGCGGUGUCGCGUGCGGCGGAGCCCGCAGAUGGUGCACAGGGCGGAGCGCGGCUGUUAGACUGCACAGGUGCUUGUUGUCAUGGAGGAGCAAAGAUGGCGGUCCUGGCCUAUAGCCUGGGCAAACGAGAAAUAAAUCAUCAUUUCACCAUCAAAAAUGCCAAACUGAUAUCACUGGUAGUCGUCAUUUUACUCCUCGUGUUUCACACAGCUUUGCGGUACUAUGGAGGCGGAGACUCAUGUGAACGGCUGCUGUCCACAGGACGUUACUUGGGAGAGAACGUAUGGCAGCCAUAUGGCUGCAUGAUGCACAAAUACAAAAGCAUUGAAGCCAAAACCUGCCUUGCUGAAAAGCGAGUGGCCUUUGUCGGUGAUUCACGAAUCAGGCAGCUCUUUUACGCCUUCAUCAAAAUUAUUGACCCUGAGCAAAGAGGAGAUGGAAACAAGCACGAGGAUAUUUCUUUUAAAUUUGAUGGUUCCUCUGUCAAUGUGGACUUUCUGUGGUAUCCAGAGGCAAAUAAUUCAAUGAAGGAGCGCUUGAUAUCAUGGACACACGAAGGUUCAGCAAAGCCAGAUGUUGUCAUCCUUGGAGCUGCAACAUGGUCCAUCAAGUUGCACAGUGGCAGCAGCGAGACGCUACAGCAGUACAAAGUCAACCUGACAGCCAUUGCUGUGCAUCUGGAGAAGCUGGCUGACCAUGGAGAGGUCUAUUGGGUCGUGCAAGAACCAGUUAAUGAGCAGGUGUUGAGUGAGAACAGGAAAAUGAUCACCAAUAAACAGCUGGAGCUGUACAAUGACGCGGCGGUGGACGUGCUCAACAGCAGCAAGCGUAACAGCAGGUCCCGGGUCAAGCUGUUGGCUGCAUCACGCCAGGCGUCACUGGAAACCAUCACCCAGUCAGACGACGGCUUGCACCUGCCUGAGAGCACCAGGAAUGUGGGAGCCAUGGUGCUCAUGAACUCUCUGUGCAACAAGCUACUCAGGCCCAUUGACGGCUCCUGCUGCCAGACGUUGCCACCCCCAAACCUCCUGCAGAAACUGUCAGCGUGUUUCUUCGUGGGCUCGGCCGUGGUCUUUCUGAUCUUCCAUGUCCUCGGCAACAACCAUCACCGACGACCUGGGCCUCCAGACGUAGAGAGCCUCGAGGAGAAGAAGCCAGCGACUGCAGCUGCCCCUCUGGGUCCAAAGGCGCCGUUCCAGGCCCUCUGCAGGAUGGGCAUCAUCAUGAGCUAUUUUUACCUUUGUGACAGAGCAGACGUGUUCAUGAAAGAGCAAAAGUUCUACACCCACUCCACGUUCUUCAUCCCGCUUAUCUACAUAUUUGUCCUGGGAGUGUUCUACAAUGAGAACAGCAAGGAGACCAAAUUACUCAACCGUGAGCAAACAGACGAGUGGAAAGGCUGGAUGCAGUUGGUCAUCCUCAUCUAUCACAUAUCUGGAGCCAGCGCUUUCAUUCCAGUGUACAUGCAUGUGCGGGUGCUGGUGGCAGCGUACCUCUUUCAGACUGGCUAUGGACACUUUUCCUUUUUCUGGCUUAAAGGAGACUUUGGACUGUAUAGAGUAUGCCAGGUACUUUUCCGUCUCAACUUUCUGGUCUUGGUGCUGUGUGUCGUAAUGGACAGACCCUACCAGUUCUAUUACUUUGUCCCAUUGGUCACCUUCUGGUUUGUCGUCAUCUACUCCACGAUGGCCAUGUGGCCUCAGAUCCUUCAGAAGAAGGCAAACGGUAGUGGCUUGUGGCACCUUGGGGUCUUGGCGAAGUUACUCGGCCUCUUGCUGUUCAUCUGCAUCUUUGCCUUUUCCCAGGGUUUCUUUGAGCGAAUCUUCUCUAUUUGGCCCAUCUCUACACUCUUUGAGCUGAACGGAAGCAUCCACGAGUGGUGGUUCAGAUGGAAGCUGGACCGAUUUGCGGUGAUACACGGCAUGUUAUUUGCCUUCAUCUAUCUGGUGCUUCAGAAGCGCCAGGUGCUGUCGGAGGGCAAAGGAGAGGCGCUCUUCUCUCCCAAGAUUUCCAACCUGCUCAUCUUCCUCUCUGUCGUCUCCUUCAUAACCUACUCGAUAUGGGCCAGCAGCUGCAAAACCAAAGCCGAGUGCAACGAGAUGCAUCCUUACAUCUCUGUGGUCCAGAUGUUGUCCUUCAUUCUCAUCAGAAACAUUCCUGGCUACGCUCGCUCUAUAUAUAGCUCAUUCUUUGCAUGGUUUGGAAAGAUCUCCUUGGAGCUGUUCAUAUGCCAGUACCACAUCUGGCUGGCAGCAGACACCAAGGGAAUUUUGGUCCUGAUCCCAGGAAACCCUUCACUUAACAUCAUGGUCAGCACCUUCAUCUUUGUUUGUGUGGCUCAUGAGAUUUCCCUCAUCACCAAUGAUCUGGCCCAGAUGGUCAUUCCCAAAGACAGUGUGGCCCUGCUGAAAAGACUGGGGGCCGUUGGGCUCCUCAGUCUAGUUGUGUUACUGCUGGCCAGGGGCAGCCAGCCCAUACCCGGUGCUUGAUGGACACCUUUUGAUAGGGGGGGGGGAGGGAGGGGAGGGGGAGCACAGCACAACAGACCUGCCAAGCCCCCCUGCUGAGGUUGAGGUGAGGUCCAUGAGGUCCAGAUCCAAGCAGGAGCAGGCCCGGUGUUUUAGCUUACUGGGGGCCACAGGAGACUCCCUCGACUGUGUUGAGUGACCACACAGGGAGCUGUGGGAGAGCAGUCUCUCUGCUGGCCAUGUUUGGGCAGACUGUACUAUUUGACUGCUGUGAAAGUCGCACACUGAAUAAAAGAGAAAUGCUCCUUUCAGGGCAAAUUGCAAGAUAGAAAAUAAUCUGGAUUCAAUAGAAGAGCAGAGAAGACAUUACAUGUUAUGUAAAACAAAAAGAGGUUCUUCAUUUUAAGACCUCAUGCUUGCUGUGGAUAUUUGCAGCGUUGCUUCUAUUUAGCCAGACAUUAUUUUCUCACAUGCAGAACUUCCUAUCAUAAUCUCACUCUGGAAGGGAUCAGUAGGCACACACUCCGUCCAUAGUGACAGUUGAAGGUGUUUUCACUCAGGAUCCAUAAUCUACAUAUUCAGAUAUCUACUUUUUUUUUUAAAUCCACUGUGCUGCAUUUCACUAUACAUUUUUUGUACAGUAUUUCUGGGGACAAUAAAAUAGUGUAGAUAUCUAAAUAUGCAAAAUAUGGACCAACAACUGGUUUGGGUGAUUGAAAACUGUUGAGACUAAAAUGAAAAUUUGGAUCGCAAUUGGUUGAAAAGUUGGAUUAUCCCUCAACAUAUUUUUGCUAAUGUAUUUGUGAGUGAUUUUAGAAAUGUUUGCCUUUCUGCUGAAGGGUACCGUGGUCACCUGCUGUAGCUCUGAAAUUAUGUGAUAUGUACAGUAUUUAAUGAUUUAAAUUAAGCUUAUAUUUUAUACAGGUUUUGUUUGGGGGCUCAGUUUAAUUUUGUACUUUGCGCUCAUGACUGCUGUUUGUGAAGGAAGUAUUACAUGGAUAAUUUUGUACCCAUCCCAGCAUCUCAUAGAUGAUCACUUGCCUCAGAGACACAUUGCGGAGGUCGAGCCUUUACGGUUUGACUCGCGUCGGUCCUAUAAGCUCACGUCGGAUUCCGUGUAUAUUUGUAUGACAUAGUUAUUUUAUACAGCAAGGCUUCAGCCGGGUUUUUAGUCCUCCUUUCAUGCUCAUUAAAAACAGGCCUCACUAGCUCUGGUGGAAAAUGCACUGGCUUGCACAUAUUAUUGUACAAUAGGAAUAACCGCUAAAUAUACAUGAAAAAGAGAUUUCUUCGAGUGAAUGCCUUCGAACAUGUGGCUUACACAUACUGAACAUCUGCGAUGUAGCCUGGAGGCACUUUGCAUCAGGGCUAGCUCAACUUUUAAAACAACUACUACACUGAAUGAGCUGAGAAGACGCAUAACGGUCACUUCAAGGAAAAUUGUGUAUAUUUUGUCAGUCUCUUUGCCUAUCUAUAUCCUCACAGACAUUUAAGAGAUAUUAGCACUUUCAUUUUAAGACCUGCAUUUUCUUUACAUUUUUGCAUUAAAAUACAAUGUUUAACCAGUGCAGAUACUUUCUGUACUUAAGCACAUUUUUACGAGGUACAUGUUUUGUCAGUCACUUGGCAAAUGUAUAUUAUACAAUCUAAGCUACAUCGCUUAUGAUUUCAAAAAAUUUCUUUCGCCAAGGGGUCGUAAAAGAUUGCUUUGUCAAUCGUUUUUUACACAUUUAUGUAGCUUCUGAUUCAAAGAAAUACCCAAAUAAUUAAUUUCUUCUUUACGGUGGAACGAUUUGAUCUUCUCUUGUUAUUUGUCUGAUGUGCGGCCUCGGUUGUGUUCUCUGAAUAAGAGCGAAGUAAAUUUGUAAUUUCUAUAACCAGUCACCUCAUUGUAUUGAUGAAAAUGGCAUUUCCAUGUUGCAGUUUCCGUUGAUAUGUGAAGUUUACUGAUCAGUUUUUUGUCUAUUACUGAUCAACAGCUAUAGAUUUGGUAAUUGUUUCAGGCCUUAAUAGAUCCUUUUGGUCACAUAAAAGCAACAACUAUUUAUACUCCUGUGCAGGGCCUCUUUGAAAUAUGUUACAUGUACAUUUUUUUGUGACGUCUUAAAAAUGUGAAAUGUAUCCAUUAUUUAUAAAUGCCUUUAUUCUGUUGUACAUUGUUAAUACCUUCAUAAAAUUGGUUUUGGACAAACAUA